AUGGAGGAAGAGCUGCACAAGCUAUGGAAGGGAUUCACGUUAACAGAGCAGGAGUCGGGCUUAGUGAGGGUGGAAAAGGACGUGACAAAGGUCCUUGUAGCUAAAGGUAAGCGAUGCCUCCUUAUGAUGAUCAAUGCGGAUAGAGUGGUAAACAAAGAGGCCCUCAGAACCACUAUGUCAAAGGUAUGGAGACCUGAAGGAUGGAUCCAGUUCAAAGAAGUAGGAAAUAAUGGGAUGCUGGUGGAAUUCCAACAUGAAAGUGAUAAAACAAAGGUCCUGCAAGGGAGGCCAUGGUCUUUCGAUAGAAGCUUAGUGUGCCUUCAGGAGAUUGAUGGGCAGGUCCCACUAAAUGAAGUAGUCUUCACCAAGGAACCCUUCUGGGUUCAAGCUCAUGAUAUGCCAAUGGCAUGCAUGACAAAGGAAGUGGGAAUGGAGCUGUUUUCAGGUAUGGAAGCGAUACUUGAAGUGGAAACAGAUGAAGGGGGCUGUGGCUGGGGCUGUUCCCUGAGAGCAAAAGUCGAAGUUGACAUUACCAAACCACUGAUCCGAGGUCGUUUCUUAACCGUUGACAAUGUUAAGCGAUGGAUUCCUUUCAAAUACGAACGCCUCCCUGCUUUCUGCUUCGCCUGCGGCUCAAUCAAACAUGUCAACCUUUGCUCUGGUACAAGUAGAUACAACAAACAGGAUGAAAGUAGCCAGUAUGGCCCUUGGCUCAGGGCUAUCCCUGUAAAGCCAAAUGUCUUUGUUGCUAAACGUUACGGCGGAGAGACGACCCAGAAAGCUCACCACAACCACCAGGAAGGCAGCUCAGGGACAAAGACAAAUGAGGAAACUCAGAAACCAGGCAUAGAAAAGGUGGUCGAGCUGAGUAAGGAAAUAAACCUAUCACGUGAUGUGAAAAACCAACGAGGGACAGUGGUGCAGGAGGAGACCUUCUCAGCACAGGUUGAUGAUAGGGGACAAGAGAACUGCAAGGAACCUGUGGAAAAGCAGGUGGGGGGAAAGCUAAAAAAGGAAGUUCUGCUUGAUACAAGAAUGAAACAGGAAAUCCUGUUUAACACAAAAAAGGAAGGUGGUCCCAAGCAAGCAGACUGCUCCCUAGCUAGCCAAAUCAGAUCUCUCGACAACUUCAUGGACCAGCAGAUAAAGGCACUGGCUGAGAACAGACAAAACAAAAGGUGGAAGAGGCGAGCUCGAGAUAGGUCUGUUCCCCUUGACUCUCAUCUCUUUAUAGAAAAUUCUAAAAAUGGGGGAAAUAAGAGGAAAGUAGAACCUGGUUUCCUGCCUGUCUCUAAGGGAAAUGCUAGUAAACAACUUAGAAUUAGUGGACCAUGUGGGGAACUGAAAACUGAAGAGUUGGUGGUGGCUGCUAGGCAGCACCAUCAACACCAAUGA